AUGAGAGCUGCAGACGGGGCCUCGGAGCCCGCGGAGUGUGCCAACGCCUCAAGAGGAAAGAACUCAACAAAUUCUCUUGAACAAAAGAUAAGGUGCUUGGAAAAACAGAGGAAAGAGCUCCUGGAGGUGAACCAGCAAUGGGAUCAGCAAUUUCGAAGCAUGAAAGAUCUGUAUGAGAGGAAGUUUGCAGAGCUGAAGACGAAGCUGGAGGCCACAGAGAGAUGCCUCAGCGCCCUGGAGAAGGGACAGCCACCGAGCCAGAGGGAUGGUGACGAGCCCAGGGACCUGGCCCGGGAGCAGCAGCAGAGAGAGGAGAAGGAAAACGAGAGCCUCAAGGAAGAGCUGCAAGAGUUGCAGAAAGAAAACAAGCUUUUGAAGGAAAAAUAUGCUCUGGAGAGCAGGAAGAAGGAGCACUAUGAAUGCGAAAUAAAGCGCCUCAAUCAGGUUCUCCAGGACGCCUUGAAGGUCGGGUGCUCUUCAGUUCCCGAGGGCUGCCUGGGGGAAGCGGAGGAGAGCAGCCGCGAGGAGAUGAAGGCGGAGAUGGAAGUUCUCCGACAGCAGGUGCAAAUAUACGAAGAAGACUUUAAAAGGGAGCGAUCAGACCGAGAAAGGCUGAAUCAAGAGAAAGAAGAACUGUGGCAAAUUCAUCAGCUGUCUCAAUCCCAGCUGAACAAGCUGAAGUCUAAGAUAAAAGCUUGUCAGAUGGAGAAAGAAAGACUAGAAAAGCAAUUGAAGCAGGUGUGUCUGCCAGCCUGCUGCUGUGGCUUGGGCUUCCACCCGCGGGAAGCCUGCGUGCUUGCAGGCCCCAGGGCCGCGCAGGAUCUGCAGAAGCCCCCGGGCCGGCUGCCCUCCGUCUGUGUCCACAUUCACUCGUCCUCUCAGGACACCAGUUCUAUCGAAGGAGGCUAA